AUGACCAAGCUCAUUCUUCUCACAGGUUUGGCAGUUCUGCUGAAUUCACAACUGGGUUCUGCCUACCAACUGAUGUGCUAUUAUAAUAACGUGGCCCAGAACAGGCCGAAACUGGGAAGUUUCAGUCCCUCUGAUAUUGACCCUUGCCUGUGUACUCACCUCAUCUAUGCCUUUGCUGGUAUGCGGAACAACAGGAUCACCAUGAAACGCAUGAGUGACUUGACUGACUACCAAGCCUUAAAUGCUCUAAAAAACAGGAACAUUGAGCUGAAAACUCUGCUGGCUGUUGGAGGCUGGGACUUUGGACCUGCCCCGUUCACUGCCAUGGUCUCCACUCCUCACAACCGCCAGAUUUUCAUUAACUCAGUCAUCAACUUUUUACGCCAGUAUGGGUUUGAUGGGCUGAACCUGGACUGGCAGUUCCCUGGGUCUCAUGGGAGCCCUGCAAAGGACAAGCAUCUCCUCACUGUCCUAGUACAGAAAAUGCAUGAAGCUUUUGAACAGGAAGCAAUUGAGAAAAAUAGCCCCAGGCUGAUGCUUACUGCUACAGUAGCUGGUGCUAUCCCCACCAUCCAAUCUGGCUAUGAGAUCCCUCAGUUGUCACACUCCCUAGACUACAUCCAAGUCAUGACUUACAAUCUCCAUGGCUCCCAGGAUGGCUACACUGGGGGAAAUAGUCCUCUCUACAAAUCCAUAAAUGACAGUGGAAUCAACACCUUCCUCAAUGUGGAUUACAUCAUGACCUACUGGAAUGAAAAUGGGGCCGCAUCUGAGAAGCUCAUUGUCGGAUUCCCGACAUAUGGACAAACCUUCACUCUGAGUGACCCCUCAAACACUGGAAUCGGUGCCCCUACUGCUAGUGCUGGUGUAUUAGGGCCCUACACAGAGAUGUCUGGCACUUGGGCCUAUUAUGAGAUUUGUACCUUCCUGAAUGAUGGAGCCACUGAGGCCUGGGAUGCUGCUCAGGAAGUACCCUAUGCCUAUCAAGGCAACAAAUGGGUUGGCUAUGAUAAUGUCAAGAGCUUUCAUAUCAAGGCUGAAUGGCUUAAGCAGAACAACCUGGGAGGUGCCAUGCUAUGGACCCUAGACAUGGAUGACUUCACUGGCUUUUUCUGCAACCAGGGCCAGUUCCCUCUGACCUCUAUUUUGAAGAAUGCCCUAAAAGUGAACAGUUCAAGUUGCAUGGCCUCUGUUUCAGAUCUUCAGCAAAUAAAUGUUCCUUAA